AUGGCCAUAAGCCCGUACAAAGAAAGAGGGAUUGCAUUGUGGUCCACAAUGUGGGAAUCGGUAGACACUCUCAAAAGUGCAAGGAAAUACAAAGAUCAGCUUUAUCAGAAUCGUUAUGAAGACGUACUUAACAACACGGCGCCACAAAUAUUGGCUCAUCCAGGAAUCUACAUUGACGAAAUGUUAUGCGAUGAAGAGAAGUAUGACUGUGAGAAGUUAGCAGAGUGCAUGGGAAUUAGCAUAAAGUCAAAAAUCGAUGAGGAAAUGGAGGAAGAGGUGGAUCCAUGCGCAGAAUAUGAAACUGAUAUACAAACAAUUUUCAUUGACCAAGAGCAUUCUGAUAUCAAAGUUUUAUCCGGUCAAAGUUACCGAAUUCGCUUAAGGGAGGAGGUCUUUGCAACUGAUGCCACUAAAGUAGACUGGCGGGUUUCAUCGCGACCUCCUGCUCGUUACGACACUUCUAGAUCCUGUUUGGAACAAGGCAUAGUACAGCUGAAAAGUGGAGAUCUUUUACUGACAUCACUGACAUCAAGAGACGAUCAGCUUUAUCAGAAUCGUUAUGAAGACGUACUUAACAACACGGCGCCGCAAAUAUUGGCUCAUCCAGGAAUCUACAUUGACGAAAUGUUAUGCAAUGAAGAAAAGUAUGACUGUGAGAAGUUAGCAGAGUGCAUGGGAAUUAGCAUAAAGUCAAAAAUCGAUGAGGAAAUGGAGGAAGAGGUGGAUCCAUGCGCAGAAUAUGAAACUGAUAUACAAACAAUUUUCAUUGACCAAGAGCAUUCUGAUAUCAAAGUUUUAUCCGGUCAAAGUUACCGAAUUCGCUUGAGGGAGGAGGUCUUUGCAACUGAUGCCACCAAAGUAGACUGGCGGGUUUCAUCACGACCUCCUGCUCGUUACGACACCUCUAGAUCCUGUUUGGAACAAGGCAUAGUACAGCUGAAAAGCGGAGAUCUUUUACUGACAUCACUGAAAUCAAGAGACGUAAGAAGGCGUAUGAUUGCAACGUUGCCGGAUGGACGAAAGAUCAAUAUACAAUUCCACGAUGCAGGUGUUCAAUUGGGUCUCGGUGAAGAAAGCGGAACAGUUAUCACAUGGGCAAUUGUUAUAGCGGUUUUUGUGCUUCUACUUUACGCAUUCGUACAAGUGACUUCAAAUCGAAGAAAGGCACGAAUGCAACAGAUUUUGCAAAACAGGAUGAAGAAACGACUACGAGCUGAAAAACAUAAAUAG